AGCAAGUCUGCUGCCUUUCUCACUGCUGAUACAGAUUAUACAGACGCUUGCCUUUUGAAAUGCCUUUUGUGAAACCUAUGUACACAGUCCUCCACUGUUACUGUACAUAACUAUAUAUUUGAGGAAGGAAUUUGACAAGUGAUUGUUAGAUCAAGAAAUCUUCGGACAAGCACUCACUUAUGUAUUGCUGUAGUGCACAAGAAAGCAAAAUGGACUAUAAGCGGCGCUUUUUGCUUGGCGGGUCCAAGCAAAAAGUGCAGCAACACCAGCAGUAUCAAAUGCCUGAGCUAGGCAGGACCCUGAGCGCACCGCUGGCAUCUACGACCCCAGCAUCCCCUUUGGUCUCCUCGGCUGCUGCGGGCAGCUGCAACCACCCUGUGUCCCACACUACUCCGAUCGCAGACAUCCAGCAGGGAAUCUCCAAAUAUCUGGAUGCACUCAACGUGUUUUGCCGUACGAGCACUUUCCUUACAGACCUUUUCAGCAGUGUAUUUAGGAACUCGCACUAUUCUAAGGCAGCUAUGCAACUGAAAGACGUGCAGGAACAUGUCAUGGAAGCAGCGAGUCGACUCACAGCAGCAAUAAAACCAGAAAUAGCAAAAAUGCUGAUGGAACUGAGUGCAGGAGCUGCAAACUUUAAAGAUCAAAAAGAGUUCAGCCUACAAGACAUUGAGGUACUUGGGCGAUGUUUCUUGACGGUGAUGCAGGUCCACUUUCAGUUCCUGUCCCAAGCUUUGCAGAAGGUCCAGCCAGUGGCACAUUCUUGCUUUGCUGAAGCUGUAGCUCAGGAGAGAAAGAACGUUAGUGGGGCUGGAGCCUCAAAUUUAAGCCCCACAAAUGAGCUAGAAGAUGCAGUAAGGUCAUGGAGAGGAGCAGCAGAGGCCACAUCUCGACUGCGAGAAAGAGGCUGUGACGGAUGUUUAGCAGGAAUUGAAGUUCAGCAACUUUUCUGCUCGCAGAGUGUGGCAAUUCCUGAACAUCAGCUCAAAGAGCUAAACGUGAAAAUUGACAGUGCUUUGCAGGCUUACAAAGUGGCUUUGGAGAGUUUAGGCCAUUGUGAAUAUGCAAUGAAGGCUGGCUUCCACUUGAACCCAAAAGCUAUUGAAGCAAGUCUUCAGGGCUGUUGCAGUGAAGCUGAAGCCCAGCAAACAGGAAGGAGACAGACUCCACCUCAGCCAAUUCAGUGUGAGCUGCCCACUGUACCUGUUCAGAUAGGAUCGCAUUUUCUGAAAGGAAUAUCCUUUAAUGAGUCUGCAGCAGAAAACCUGAAGCUGAAAACGCACACAAUGCUACAGUUGAUUAAGGAAGCUGGAUGCCAUAAUGGACUUACACCACGGGAUGACUCUCCUGUUACUGAAGUACUAAAUCAGGUUUGCCCUUCCACUUGGCGAGGAGCCUGCAAAACUGCUGUACAAUUGUUGUUUGGCCAAGCUGGGCUGGUGGUUGUGGACACAGCACAGAUUGAAAAUAAAGAAGCCUAUGCUCCUCAGAUAAGUUUAGAAGGAUCCAGAAUUGUGGUGCAAGUUCCAUCAACUUGGUGUCUGAAAGAAGAUCCAGCCACAAUGUCUUUGCUACAGAGGAGUUUGGAUCCAGAGAAGACUUUGGGACUAGUAGAUGUGCUCUAUACGGCUGUGUUUGACAUACACAGGUGGAAGGAAGGAAGGGAGCAAGCUUUGCCUUGUAUUCAGAUCCAGUUACAGCGUGAAAUCUCAGACUUUGGGAAUCAAGUUGACAUGCCAUCUGGAAAUGGAAGCAAAUCUUCAGGUGGUCUACAAAAGACAUUCUCAAAACUGACUUCACGGUUUACAAAAAAAACUUCCUGCACCAGUACAAGUAAUACUGGAAGUUAUUCAAUCCCCAAUACACCUUCCAAAAAUGUCUUCAUAAGUUCCAACUCCGAGGAGAAAGCUAAAAUGCCCACUAACAUAGACGCACGGUUACAAAGCAUUUUGAACAUUGGUAGUUUUCCUAGGACCACAGAUCCACUGCAGUCAAUUCAGAGCACAAAUAAUCAGCUAGUGAAUGGGUUUCUAGUUGAAAGAUGGGACAACUUCUUCAAACCGGAUGAUGGCAAGGAUGACAAAGGUAUGAAUUUACCAACUGACCAAGAAAUGCAGGAUGUUAUAGAUUUCUUGUCUGGUUUUAACAUGGGCAAAUCCCAGCAGACUUCUCCGAUGGUGAAAAGAAGGAACUCUGUUGCAUCCUCUACAGCAACAGAACAAAAAUCAGGAACAAUACAACAGCAGCCACAGUCUGUCUCUCACACGCCACUGCAUUCUUCUCAGCCAGGCUUGUCACAGCAGCAACAGUCACAAAAGCAGCAGCAGCAAAUGCAGUAUUACCAACACUUGCUUCAACCUAUUGGACCACAGCAACGUGUACCUGCCAAAUGGCUGACUAAUUCUUCACAGCAGCCAUCCCAAGCUGUUGGAGCUGGAUUGUCUCAUAUGAACCAGUGGAACAAUCCUGGUUUUUCAGAUUUAAGCUCUGAUUUGUACAGCUUGGGUCUUGUGAGCAGCUAUAUGGACAAUAUGAUGUCAGAGAUGUUAGGACAGAAACCACAAGGACCUAGAAACAACACAUGGCCAAAUCGUGACCAAACUGAUGGAGUGUUUGGGAUGUUGGGAGAAAUCUUGCCGUUUGACCCCGCAG